UCCAGAAAUUUGAAUGCAUCGCCGCCUACCGCACCGAUAGAUCUUGCCACGUUCCUAUUUAUAGUGUAGUGAAAAGUCUGCGAUUGUGUGAUGCAAGUCUAUCGGAUGAAGAAGACCGCGCGCCGCCUGAGCAGAAUAAUUCGACCAGACGGUACUUGGACUCGUGUCUUCUCUAAAUUUAUUCUUCGCCGGAACUCGCAUCACCUAUACACGAUACUGCAGACCAAAGAACGAGCGAAUUCUCUAGAAAGCGCGCUUUUUUCUGUGCCAUCAACACACUAUGUUCUUCAAACUCGCGCCAAGUCGUCUUUUUUUCGAUCGAAUAAUUAGCAGAUUUAAAUGAUAAAUAACACUCGAGAGUCAAAUUAAAAUACCAGAUUAAAGGAUUCAACUUUCGCGUCGAAUAACUUCGUUUCUUUUUAUCGUCUCUUGGUAAAAUUUGAGAGUACCUUGUUUAUCGGCCGUUGAGAAGAUAUUUCGUUUUUAUCGAUGGAGUUAGAACGAAGGAAAAGUAGAACUGCGAUGUUUCGUCGCCGAAUUUGUAUACCGAAGACUGCAAAGUACGGAUCGUACGGAUCAAUGUCAUCAAUGUCAAUCGGUACCUCGGCUAAUUCGCCGCAUCGCGACAUCGCAACGAAUGCCAAAAAGACGGUGAAAUUUACAAGUAAAAUUCUUUGACACGGUGCUAUCGAUUAAGAAAAGUAUCUUCAGUCCAUUUUUGCCUGUCUUGCGCGGGGCUAAAGGAGCUUUUUGUAAUCUGACAAACAGUGUCGAAGAAUUUGUGCUCGGAAUAUUAGAGGUUAGGAUAGCUAACCGACCCAUUUCGCGGGAAAUGGUCAGAGACAAUUCACAUCUCUAAUAAUGGUAUGGUUCAUCUCUCGUUCAACAUCAAGCAUCACAGACCUCAAGCUCGGGGACAAGUGCGACCGGGAUCGUGACUGCGAAGCAGCGAUAGAAAACAGCCAUUGCCACUCGGGAUAUUGCCGAUGUCGAGGCUAUUACGCCGCGUACAAUGGCACUCGCUGUGUCGAGGCAACUUUGCUCGGCAACGACUGUUUCGUUGCGGAGCAAUGCUCGAUGAAGGUGGCGAAAAGCAGUUGUCUCGCUGGGGUCUGUCGAUGCGAAGAGGGACAUCUGCAAUAUCGAACGCAUACUUGCCUCGGACCCGCGAAACCCGGGGAGGUGUGCUACAGUAACGAGCAUUGCCGACUAUGGGACAGCGAUACCCACUGCGACUUCCACAUACCCGACCUCUUCGGACUCUGCGAAUGUACGGUUCCGAUGCGUCGAGACGGGUACGUCUGCCGACCUGACAAUCGGGUCCGACCACCACCGCCGCCGCCGCCUCCGCACCUCAAUCCUGUAUUCGCUCAAGGAAUCGGUAACGACCCGCAGGUUUCCAGCGAAGCCUCGGUCACCGGAAAGCCUGCCGGAGAACCAAUCGGCCAAGGUCAGAACGACGAGGACGACGAUGGCGAGACCGGUGUUCAAGUUUCUUGGUUGAAAAACGCCACGAGGCUUCUCUCAACGGUUUCACCGAUCCCACGGAUCCCUGCUAACAUCGUGACCCGAUCGUCCCUGGCUGCGACGAGGCCGGACAGACCGCACAGCAGCAACGAGUUCCCUGAGGAUGACGCGAUUGUCGUCGAAGCCGUGAACACGGACUUGAUCCAAACAACCGGCUCAACUUCCGCCCCGGUUAAAACUGAUCGGCACGAGACCGAAAUCACGAGCGCCGUCAGCAUCGGCCUGCCUUGCCUCAACGAUCUCGAAUGCCGCAUGGCCGAUCGCGAUUCACGGUGCAUCGACGGCGUGUGCGAAUGUGCCCGACGUGGAAACGGAAGUCUCGCUUGUGGGGCUAAGAACACCGGAUGCGCGGCAGGCACCUUCCAGUGCCGGAGUACCGGGCUCUGUAUCAGCUGGUUCUUCGUCUGCGACGGAAGACCCGAUUGCGCUGACGGCUCGGACGAAGAAUGCACCAACUCGAGGUGCCCUGCCCAGGCGUUCCGAUGCCCUACCAGCGGAAUCUGCAUUUCGAGGGCGGGACAAUGCGACGGGCGCAACGAUUGCCCCGAUGCCGAGGACGAAGAGGGCUGCAAAAGUCGUCGAAAGUGCCCGGAAGGAGCGUUCCGCUGCAACAACGGCCAAUGUCUGCCGGCCUACGAGUUCUGCAACGCCGUCGUCUCUUGCCGAGACGGUAGCGACGAGCCUCGAGGUGCGUGCAAGACGCGAAAUCGUUCGCGAACGAAUUCACGCACCUGUCCAUUCAAAUGCGCCAACGGAAGAUGUCGCUCGGACGCCAUUACCUGCAGCGGUCGAGACGGAUGCGGCGACGGAUCGGACGAGAUAAACUGCUCGGUCUGCAAGUGCCCGAUCGUCUCGUAGGAAUGCCCGGACGACCAUCCGCAGUUAUGUUGACGGAGAGUACAUAACGAAAGACUCGGUCGAGCACAAGAAGCAAAAAACCUUCACUGGAGCGUGGAUGCGUGACCAAUAAUUCUCAUUUAAUUUUAUUUCAUGCGUUCAUUCGUUCGUCGUAUGGGAGAAAAAUCAAAUACUAUUAUUUCGUUCAUUCAGAGAUACGCGUAGGUAAAUAACUGUUUAGCAAAUAAUUUAUUCAUUAAUGUCGCAUUUAAAUCAAUAUUCUCGAUAAUUAGCAAUCUUUUAUUUCGAACUCGGGAAAGUGAAAAUUCGAAUUUAUUUUAACAGUAGCUUUUAAGUGAAUGUUUUAUUGCGCCCAUUAUCGUGGCGGGCUCCUCCGUCGCAGUGCGAGUAUUAUUUAUUCAAUGAACCAUUUUCCGUAGUUGUCAUUUCGUUUUGCGCACAGUCUCGAAUCCUUCGACUUUCCUCAUUAAGCCACCGACGCGGGUGUGACGUGGCGCAAAAUCCAAUGAAACACGUCGAUUUUUUCGUGUCGUUUGUACAUUUUUCAAACGGUACCAAUGAGCAAUUCGAGGAGUUUCUACUUCUCUUUCUUCCAAUCGUAUUAUAGAAGUACAAAAAUAACAAAACGAACAAAUGUGUGCUAAAAGAAUGUGGUGCAUUCGGGCGAGCGGACGUUUAUGUAUUAUUCAUCAGAAUAUUACCUACGUCAAUGAAUUCAUCGAUCGAUCUGGGCAUGUACUUCAACGCUCGAUAUAGAAACUGAAAUUUCGUAGCUACUUUUCUGUUAUAGUGCAUAAUUGAAAGAAGGCCAUGUGGCUCAUUUAUCUAUAUGUGCAUGUACAGCGACCGUUUCAAUAAUAAAGAAAGGAAAAACGAGA